AAAAUAAAAUCACGGAGAACUUUCGACAUUCCUAAGAUAUUUACAAAUCAUUUUUUUUAUUCUUUUCCAAAUUCUACGGAUAUUGGGUAUAAUCGGGACCAUUUGGUAGUCAUGAGUCAGUUACGCUUGCGCAAGAUGCAGAUACGAGCCGCGGAGCUGGUGCGUGACUUCUAUGAGUCACUGUUGAUGCUGACACUGGGUGUUAUGAUGCAGUGGAAUCAAUGGCAUGUUAUGCGAAUGCUGAAUGCCGACAAGCUGCCCGAAGGAGUCUCCGAGCCUCAACCUCUUAACUGGUCAUCUGUAUUCUUCACCAGCGGUCUACUCUUAACCCUAUUACAGUAUCGACCCGAGUAUAUUAAACGGCGCACAGCAUCGUUGCGAAAGCUUUUACUCUUACUGGAGGUGUUUAUUGUGCUCUUUCUGGUGGACUAUGUGCUGCUCUCGAUGUGGCAGCCACUGUUCAAUAUAUUCGAUCAGGUCUUGCAUGCACUUGGCCAUGCCAAAUGGACCUGGGCAAGAAUCCUAUUCCGCUAUUGUCCCGGACUUUCAUCUUGGCUAAUUAAUGAUGCAUUUUACUUUAUGCGCUUUAUGGCCUCAUUGUCGUGGUUUCUGUUAGCCAUCGAGAUGUCAGCUCCCAAGUGGCGUCUGGCCAUUGACUUUCUGGUGCUGGGCCAACUGCCGGAUGUGUUGCCACGUCAUCGCCGCAAAAGACAACCGUCUCAGUCACAGUCACAGUGUUAGACUCAAUCUCUGUCUCGGUCUCGGUUAAUUCCAAAAUUAACGUUUAAUAUCUAAUCACCACUCUCAAGAACUAAACUGGCCCAGUUACUUAACCUAAUCAAUUAAUGCACUGCGUUCAAUCAGGCUUCAUAUUUUUCAGGAAUAUUACAAUAUUCUUGGCACCACGAUAUUGGCUUAUUUAUCGGAAUUGACUUUAAUACAUGUUCAUUGAACAAUACAAUAUAAUUAAUUAUUUAGCUGAGAACUGAAAAAAUAUAUUUACAGGCGAAGAUUUUAUGAAAAUACUAUAUGCAAAUUCACAAUUAACAGUCAGUUAUACAAAUGAAAAA